GCCAACACCGUGCGGCGAGGGGUGGCGGUGCGGGAGCGAGACAUGACAGUCGGAAUCUGACGCUGGCACCCGCGGAACACUGCACUGGUCCUCUCAGAAGAAGUCAUGUUCCUGUGGCUGGUGGUCGCCGUCGUCGCCGUGGUCAUCUGGGCAUGGAAGUCAAUGACCCGCCCCUCUUGGUGCCCUCAAGGGCCACCGCUGCUGCCGUGGAUCGGAAACGCACUCUCUCUGGAUCCCGCUGCGCCCGAAGCCAAGUACGCCGAGUGGGCCGAGCAGUACGGCUCCAUGUACUACGUGAAGCUGGGGGCGGUCGAGCAGGUGGUGCUCACCGACCCGGCCCUCAUACGGGAGGCGUUCUCUCGGCCAGAGAUCUCCGGCCGGCCCGACACGGCCUCAAUGGUCCUAAUCAACAACAAUAAUGGCCUGGUGAUGUCCGAGGGCGAGCUCUGGAGGGAAACGCGACGCUUCACCCUGCACCAUCUGCGCAACUUCGGCAUGGGCAAGUCCCAGCUGGAGGGCUAUAUUCAACAGCAGAUUGCUGGGUUCUGCGAGGAGAUCCUGAAGCCCGGCUGUGGCAAGGAGAUCAGUCUGGAAAGCUCUCUGAACGUGGCCAUCGUGAACAUCAUUUGGAACCUGGUGGCGUCCGAAGAACUCGGCAUCACUGACGAGAAAAUCAAGAGCGUCAUCAAUCGCAUCAACCGGCUGAACCUGAGCACCGACGGCUUGCAGGCGUUUGCGGUGCUGGACCUGGCCCCGUGGGUCCAGAAGGUGACACCGGACUGGCUGAUAAACCGCGAGCGGUUCGAGAAGGAGUUCGCCGACAUCAUGAAGGAGGGUUUCCUGCCGGCGCUGCAGCGCCACCGCGACUCGUUCGACCCGGGCAGCGAGCCCCGCGACUACAUGGACGCCAUGCUGCUGGAGCAGCACCGGCGCCCCGAGCUGAUGACUGACCACCACCUGCUCAUGGCCAUCCACGACCUCUUCCUGGCCGGCAACGACACCACGGCCACCACGCUGCGCUGGGCGUUCUGCUUCCUCUGCCAGCGGCCUGAUGUGCAGCGCCGGCUGCAGGCCGAACUGGACGCGGAGGUGGGCCGCCAGCGGCCGCCGACGCUGGCCGACCGGCAGCGGCUGCCCUUCACCGAGGCCUUCAUCUUGGAGACGCAGCGACUGGGUGACAUCACGCCGCUGCUGGUGCCGCACCGGACCGUGGCGCCGGUCAGCGUGGGCGGCCGCCAGCUGCCGGCCGGCGUGCAGGUCGUCGGCGUCGGACAGGCCGUCCACCGCAGCGCGCGCUACUUCGCCGAGCCGCUCCAGUUCCGACCGGAGAGAUUCAUCGACUCUGACGGCAAGUUCCAGCCGGACAAGAACGUCAUGCCGUUCUCUGUGGGCAAGCGGCAGUGUCUCGGCGAGAGCCUGGCGCGGAACGAGCUGUUCCUGUUCCUGGCGUGCAUCCUGCAGAACUUCUCGUUCCGUUUCCCUGAGGGCUACCACCAUCAUCUGGAGCAGGAUCCGGACAACGUGUUCAUCCGCAGCCCAAAACCGUUCAAACUGAUCCCGGAACGCCGCUGAGCUGAGAAAUGUCGGUUCUGAGGAGUUUGCCUACUUUCUAGUGACCUAACGGGUUCUUGUGUCUCUUGGUGAGGUAUUCUUGAUCAGGGAAGUAAACAUGCGUCUUGUACUUACGUAUGGUGCAUUGGCACUAUCAGCUUUAUCUUUUUUCUCAUUGAUGCAUUUAGUCCCUUUCAACCACUAAUUUCAUUUAUGAACUUUUUCACACUUUUUAGCAGUUAGAACUUAGAAGUAAGUCAUGCAAACUGCAAAGCGUUUGCUAUUUUGUAUACAUGGUGAUAGGUAAAGCAUGCGAAUUAAUGCGUGAUCAGUGGUCACUUUCUGUAGACAGCCUGUCAUUGAUGCGUUUACAUACUUAUCUAGAUGUAUACAUUUCUAUGUUAAUUUCUAUGCAUUAUAGUGCCAGUUUAUGCGUAAUAUACGUGGUGGACCUUCAAUGAGAAGUGCUCAGGUCGAUGUCCACGGCCCAAGAUUACUUUGCCCAUACGUUUCCCAGAACAGCUCGCUCAAAACACCUGUCGCUUCGGCACCAGGGAACUAAAAAUCCCAUCGUACCCCCGUCGGUGGUGUGCAGCGUGGGCGCCGCGGGCGUGGCCCAAUUUCUAUUGGUCGCCGCUCCCAAUUUUCUCGUCUAUCCUCAAAGCGAACUGAUCGGUGUUCUGCUCGCUAGAAGCAGUAUCUUUCAAUUGUGCAACAUGUUGACAACACUAGCCGUUUUCACGACUGGUUAUCUGGCGAAUGCACCAAACUUGACCAAAUCUGCACCAAGUUUCUUUUUCAAUAAAUAUCUUUAUAU